AUGUCGUCGCCCGAGAAGCCCCGCCUGAAGGGCAUCCUCAAGACGCGGAGGCGGCGCCGCCUGCGGAUGGAGCAGCAGCCCGCCGCCCCCCUGGCCAAGGCCGGCUCCCAGCAGUCGGUCAACUCGACCUCCAUCGACGACUUCCUGCACACGCUCGUCAGGGUGGACAGCGCGGAGAGCCUGGAGGCCCUCGCCAGGGACUCCCUAGAGUCGUCCGCGAGCAGGGCCGACGCCGUCGAGCCAGCCCCGCAGGACGCCCCGCCGCUGUCCCUGGAGUCCAGAUCCUCGGACCCGCCGGCGUCCGCCAGGUCGACGAGCUUGUCUCCGACUCGACCCCUCAUGAACGGGCUCAUCCCGCAGACGCAGCCGCAGCCGCAGCGCCGCCUGUCCCGUCUGCCGCCGAGUCCUCCUCCGCGGUCCAGCUCGAGGACCGUCAUGUCCAAGAGCGAGUACUCGCCCACGCCUCCACCACCGCCUCCGCCUCCGGCCAACCCGACGCCGCCGCCCAUCCCGCCCAGGACGUCGAGCACGACGGCCGUUAAGGUAGAGGUUCACCAAGACCAGUUUAUCCGUGCAGGAACGCUCCCCCCGACGGCGGCUGACGCGGCCGCCGGUAGGUUCCGCUCCCCGAGGCUCGCCGCGCCGGACAAGAAGAGGUCGAUCACCCUCGAUGAGCUGGAGGAGCAGAUUCUGAUGCUGGACGCCCCCAGGGCCGCGGGGGACGCCAGGUUCAAAGACUCGCCCCCGGGGACGCCGCCGCCCACGGGGAACAUCGACGCGUACACGCCGAGGCUGGACAUGAGCCAGGAGGGCGGGGACAGCCUCCCCCUCGACGGCAGCCCCCGCGUGCCCGUGGCGGCGGCGCAGCGCAGCCCGACGCGGCCGCAGUUCCGCAAGUCGUCGGACAUCGCGCACCUCUACCUGUUCGGGGCGCGGGGCUUCAGGAAGAGGCCGGAGCGCCUCUCCACCGUUUCCACUUCGUCCGAGUCGGUGGCUCCCGAAGCGGAAGCGGCGCCCACUCUGCCCCCGAGGUUUUUUCGUCCUCCCGUGCCCUUCGCCAGAAGGGUCCUCACGGGCAAGGUGCGGAAACUCACCAGGAAAUUCGAGAAGAGCAUAGCGACCGGGGGCGCCGUGGCGGAGUGCAAAGACUCGAGUGAGGAGGACGAGGGCGAGACCACCAGCGCCCGCCUCAGGAGGCUCUUCCGCCGCCAGCUUGACGAAAGGGCCUCGACGAGGACCGGCUUCCAGUACCUGACGGUGGGGCCGAGCGGGGACGUGGUGCAGCGGGGCCCCUGGGUCUCUGCCAAGCAGCCCAGCCUCGCAGCCACGAGGGACGCGUCGUCUCAGGUACAGUAUGUGCGGAAGUUGACAUGA